CGAAUGUCGGUUGUGGUCGUGUUACAUUUUCAUCGCGAUUAAGGUGCUUUUGUUAGGUGGUGCAAGUACAUAGUUUUUUAGUAAAAUGCUGUGGCAAUUACUGGCUGUGCUUCUUUUAGUCUGGUCAGUGUAUAGGUGGCGCAACAGAAGAAAGUAUGCCUUAGGCAAUAAGCUGGCCAGGAAGAUCAUAGCUCUCCCGUUGAUUGGUCACGCUUACACGUUCUUGGGGACUGAUGAGGAUCGUUUCAAACAGUUUGAAGCAAUUGGGCGUGAGUCCUACGAGACGGGGGGCAUCUUAGCACAAUGGCAGGGACACUUACUCUAUCUCAUGGUAACAGAACCAGAAAUAAUAGAAGUAAUCCUCAAGACGUGCUUGGAGAAAGAUGACCUUAUGAGGAUGUUCAGAGUUCUGCUAGGAAACGGCAGUAUUUUUGCACCUGUCUCAAUAUGGCGUCCUCGGCGAAAGAUCUUGGCUCCGACGUUCAGCCAGAAGAACCUCAAUUCAUUCGUUGAUGUGUUUGCCCGACAGAGCAAGGUCAUGUCUGAUCAGUUGCAUAUUGCUACACAGAAGGGACCUGUGUCUAUGUGGAAGUACAUCUCUACUUACACCAUGGAUUCUGUUUGUGAGACAACUCUAGGUAUAAAUAUGAACUCCCAGCUGGAACCAGAGCUACCCUUCCUCCAAGCCUUUGAGAAUUGCUGCCGUAUCGAUGCUAAACGUAUUUGCCAACCCUGGCUGUACAACGACACAAUAAACAAAAUCUUCUGCAGAAGUGCCUUUGAUUCUUAUGAUCGCAGUAAGAAGUUAAUUUGGAAGUUCAUGGACAAGAUAAUAACUUCAAAAUGGGCGUUACUAAAGAAAGAGACAUCAGAAUCAAAUAGUGAAAAGCCGAAAGACAGUUGGAAAACGUUCUUAGAGUUGCUGAUUGAGUCUUCAGCAGAGUACGGCAACCUGGAGCUGAGGGAAGAGACCCUGGUCAUCGUACUGGCUGGUACUGAUACUUCGGCAGUCGGAUCUGGUUUCACUACACUCUUACUGGCCAAAUACCCUGAAGUACAAGAAAAGGUUUACGAAGAGUUACAAGAGGUGUUUGGUGACUCAGACAGGCCAGUGACCCAUGAGGACCUGCCUAGACUGAAGUACUUGGAUGCAGUGAUCAGGGAGAGCCUUCGACUGUACCCACCUGUACCUUUGAUCACCAGGAAAAUUGAGAAAGAUGUCGCUUUGCCGAACGGUGUGACAUUAGUAGAAGGAUGUAGUGUAUUAGUCAGUAUCUGGUCCGUCCAUCGCAACCCUCGCUACUGGGGCGACGACGCGGAGGAGUUCCGACCUGAACGGUUCCUUGACACCACGCUCAAGCAUCCAGCUGCCUUCAUGCCGUUCAGUUAUGGCCCCAGAAGUUGUUUAGGGUAUCUUUACGCUAUGAUGUCAAUGAAGACCGCUAUGGCGACUCUGGUACGUCGGUACAGGAUUCGACCUGGUGAUGGUCAGACGGGCAAAGAAAGAAUACGAGUCAAAUUCGGCAUCAUGUUGAAACCUGUCAACGAAUUUAUUGUCAAACUUGAACCAAGGACUAAGGGAGAGAAAUGAACGCACGCAUUUUAUAUGAACCUUUAUAUAUGCCUGAAAUUAAGGAAAAAUUGCCAUUUUUAUCAACCACCCUUAAACAACCUCUUAACUAAGCGUUACUUAGCACGGGGAUAACUCUUUAUUUGUACUAUUAUUAGGUGUCAAUUAUAACGUAAGUUGUGAAAACCAAAAUGUCUUUAUUUAUUGAACACUUGGAAAACCAAUAGCUACACAAUUUGAAUUAAAAGGGUAAGAGUCACUUAAUUACUUAUUUAAAAGGCCACCUAUCCUAUCUUAGGGUAUACUUAAAAUUUACGAGAGGUUGGUAAAAACGGACAGAAGUAAUAUAAAAUAAUAUAAUAAACUACGUUUUACCCGCGGCUUUGUUCGCGUAUUCCUGUUUUAUCUCAUGGAAGCAUUUAAAGAACUUAUUAUAAUAAGUACCCUAUCACCAGGUAAGUCAGCGUAUAGGUACCCUUCCUGCAUACCAAAUCCAAUUUGCAAAUCAAAGAUCCUUUCAAAUUUAUAAUAUUAAUGUAAUAAAUAAAUGAUAUCCCAUUUAUUUAGUCAUUAUUAUUACA